UAUGCGAUGGCCGCGACGGUCGCCCAGUCCCGUCGGACCCACUGGUUCCACUGGCCCCGUCGGGCCUGCUGGCGCCACUGGACAUGGAGAUCUGCCGCUCCCACCAUGAGAUAAAGUUUUUCUCAGGAACUAGAUCUUCUAUUAGUGUUUUGGGUCGAACUAGGUUUUAGGUGUAGGAUUUCCUAUACCUUCUGUAUCUUUUAUUAAGGUUUUGGGUCUACAGACCUUGAUGACAGGCCCCAGAUUGUACCGCUAAAUUUACAUGUUCUAUAUUAACUUUUUAGGAAGUUCAAUUAAUUUCUCAUGGCAUAAAUUGAUUCCUUUUUUCUUCUUGUGUAGGUUUUAACUAAUUUGAUUUUAUUGGUCACUGAAUAUAAUGUCAAAAUUCAGUUAUGUACGUGAUAACGAAGUAUCAUCCUACACAAUGAAAAAUGCAUGUCAAGAUACGCAGAAUUUGAUUUGCAUGUUGAUUGUUACAAGGGCAAACCAAUUAGUUUGAAUCUGAAUUUGCUCUGCAUGUUGAUUGUUACAGGGGCAAACCAAUUAGUUUGAAUCUGAAUAUAGAUAAGUUCUUGUGGGACUUCAUCCGUGCUUUUAUUUUUGAUUUGAAUCUUGUUCUCAGAUUAUUGGAUCCCACUUAUAUUGAAUCUGAAUAUAGAUAAGUUCUUUUAUAUGGAGUUCUAUAUCUUGAGUAGUGGAAUAUUGUCUUCCAUGGUGAUGUGACACCUAUUAGAAUGCUUUAUUCUCCGCAUUCUUUUAUCUAGUGUCAGAUGUAAGACACCAUUUUUGUUCCUUCUGCAUUGUGUUAAUUACAAAAUGCCAAAUGUACUAUGCUUAUAUUAUUUUCUAGGAUGCAUGAUUUGAAAGAUUUAUUUUUCUUGUUAGCUUUUUUAUAGAAGAAAUGGUGACACCUUUAGGUUUUAAUUAGAGCUACUUUUGAAGGAUUGUUGUUCUCAAUAGAUGGGCCACUAAAUUCCCUAUGAUUAGUGGUCGCAUUGCAUGCUUUCUAAAGGGUAUCUUAUCAAGAAACUCUUUUUGGGUGAGGUACUGCAAAUUGCAAUUUGCUUGAAGGUUCUUGGUCUCAAAGAAUUGGUCAUUUAGUGUGAUAAAGUUUCAAUUUUUAUGAGUGCAAAACAUCAAUGAUGCUUUUCCAAUUUUGUAUUAAAGUCUCUGAGGCUCAAUUAAGAGUCUUUUAGUUUCAUAAGAAUAAUCACAAGGUAGGAGCUAGCUUCUGUCUUGCUAAGAUUGAUCCUCUAGGUCUCCAAUUUUCUUAAUUGCGAUAUUCCAUUAUUUUUCCUCAUCAUUUACGAAGAUGGUUGGCUAAAGGAGAGUUGGGCUUCUACUCUCGUUUCUUCGAAAUCUAGGCAUGAAUGAUGAAACUACUCUAUAGCCUUUCCUUUUCCUUUCAAUGGGUGUUUGAAGGGUCCUUUUGGUUUUUUGUUGCUAAGGUUUAGGUUCAUAACUGAUGGGUUGGUUCUAUGUGAGGUGAGAGGCAGAUUGUUGCCACUGUGAGAGAUCUGCUACUCCGCUGGGGAGCCAGAACUCACUAAUUGGGAUUAGGGAGUGUUAUUUUGCAUAGAAUCUCUAGGGGUCAUAAGUUUUUUACAAUCCAUUUCAAUCCUCUACAAUCCCUCAAUGGGUUAGAAGUUCUUGAAUUGGAUGAGACUCAUUGAUCAUCUUAGACUGGUAAAGCUGGAUUGGUUUGAUGGAUUUUGAACCUUUAGGUCAUGAAUGGCAAAACUCUCCCAAGAGACUGUUGAACUUCCACUCUAUUUAAAUUAAUUUUCUUUGACUAAUUCCACCUAAGGGUUUCAUCCAUCUUUGACAGAUUGAGUACACUCUGGACGGAAUGUGUACCAGAUGGGAGGAUUGUUCAUUCAAUCUGGAAAUGUACCAACAGUAUCUUAUGAUCCAUUAGCAAUGAAUUGCCGGUGGAUGUUCUUGCUAAAUUUAGGAACAAUUGCUGUCUAGCAUUGCAUUUCACUGAAUGAUAGUAGUGCCGUUUAACUUUCUAUGGGUAUGCCUUUACUAAUAUCAACACCUGUGUUUCUACCUUGUUUAUUUUGCUUUAAGUUUGAUUUUAAAUUUGGACUUUUUUUCUAUUGUAUUAAUUUAAAUGUUUGGCUACUUGUGAAUGAUUCUGCAACAGACAAGACAAUUAUGACUUCAGAUCGAUAUGGAAUUCUGAAAAUAAUAUCAACUCCAAAAGAAUUCCUGGCCAGAGAAACAAGCGAUGGCAUGAUGGUAAAUGUAGUUGAGGGACUCAAAUUUCAUGAGAAUUUUCUGGAUAGCUCAGAAGUCACUGAACUUGUUUCAUUAGCUAAUGAAUUGAGAGCUGCUGGUCACAGAGGAGAACUUCCAGGGCAAACACUUGUAGCACUUAGAAGACCGAUGACGGGGCAUGGUAGAGAGAUGAUUCAGCUAGGUGUUCUCAUUAACGAAGAACCUAUAGAAGAUGGAAAUACAAUUGUGACCUCUGGAGUGAGGAUGAUAGAGGCCGUUCCUAGCCAGCUUGAUAGUAUCUUUGACUGCUUGGUUCAGCUGCAAGUUUUGCCAGUGAAACCUGAUUUUUGCUUGAUUGACUUUUUCCAUGAGGGGGAUUAUUCACUAUCUCACGCAUGACCAUCUUGGUAUGGUAGGCUCGACGGGGCUAGUGGGACCCGUGGAUCUGACGGGACCGUCGCGUCCGUCGCGGCUAUCGGCAUACUCCGUUAAAGCUGUGGCGUAAGUUGUAGCCGCAGCUGCUACAUUGGCGCGUUGAUUCAUGAUAGAGUGAACGAAGGAGCGAGAUAGAGUGGACGGAGAAGGGGUUUAAGAGG